AUGUAUUCGCUACUAUUUCUAGCAUUCUUGCCUUUGGGGGUGCUCUCCUCACCCCGCACUACAUUGGGGAAUCUCGACUUCCCUGACCCUUCCGUCACGUUUGACCCAGCAACCUCCAAGUGGUACGCCUUUGCCACCUCCGGGAACACGAACAAUGUCCAAGUGGCCUGGUCCCCUUCCUUUCCGUCCUUCACCUCCGCCGACGCCAGAUGGACACUCCUCAACAAGAUUGACCUCUUGCCCACCCCGGGCCACUGGGUGAACGACACGCUCCCGCUAAUCUGGGCACCGGACGUCCACUUCAUCCCCCAAACCAAAACCUACGUGAUGUACUACUCGGGCCGCCUCUCGGGCUCGCCAUACCACUGCAUCGGCGUGGCGGUCUCCAAAACCUCCAUCUUGGGUCCUUACACCCCCCACCCUCACCCCUUUGCCUGCCCGGACCACGACGGCGGAGCGAUUGACUCGUCUGGGUUUUUCGACGCCGAAACCAACAGGCGGUAUGUAAUCUACAAGGUCGACGGCAGCGCCAAAGGAAAGGGGGGGCCGUGCGGCAACGGGGACAAGCCUGGGUUUCCCACGCCGUUUGUACUCCAAGAGGUGGACAUUAGCGAUGGGUUCACGCCUGUUGGUCCGGCGACGACGGUGUUGGAUAGGAUACCCGAGAUUGAUGGGCCGUUGAUCGAGGCGCCGAAUUUGGUCAAGACGAAGCGGGGGAGGUACGUUUUGUUUUAUAGCUCGCAUUGUUACAAUACGGUGGAUUAUGAUGUUAGGUAUGCGGUGGCGGAGAAUAUCAAGGGGCCGUGGGUGAGGAUGGGGGAGUUGAUUGGGCGGGCGACGCAGGAUUAUGGGUUUGUGGCUCCGGGGGGGGCGAGUGCGGUUCUGGGGGGUGAGGGGGGGAUGGUGUUUCAUGCGGAUUGCGAGGCGGGGAGGUGCAUGUAUGAGACUAGUUGGGGGGUUGGGGAGAAGGGGGAGGUGGUGUUGAGUGAUGCGUGA